AUGGCUUUCCGAAGCAUCGCCCCAUGUCGGUUAUGGAGCAAUGCUGCUACCCCGGCCUUCCGCUCAGCCACCCGCAGCUUCGUGGGAUAUAGCAGAGACCAGCGAUGCGGCCUUGCAACAGCGGUGCCACCAGUCACCCAGGAUUCUACUGGUGCCAAGGGACCUACUGCGAUGGUGUUCAUGAACAUGGGUGGACCGUCAACAACCGACCAGGUGGAGGACUUUUUGAGCAGGCUAUUCUCUGAUGGCGAUUUGAUUCCCCUGGGACGCCUGCAAUCAUAUAUCGGACCUCUUCUCGCCCGUCGUCGAACCCCCAAGAUCCAGAAACAAUACGCGGAUAUUGGCGGCGGCUCGCCGAUUCGCAAAUGGUCGGAAUAUCAGUGUGCGGAGAUGUGCAAGAUAUUGGAUAAGAUUUCGCCAGAGACCGCGCCUCAUAAGCCCUACGUCGCCUUUCGCUACGCUGCUCCCCUGACAGAGGAGAUGUAUAACCAAUUGUUCGAGGAUGGAUUCGGUAAUGGCAAGGGGGGCCGUGCGGUCGCUUUCACGCAAUACCCGCAAUAUUCUUGCUCUACUACUGGUAGCUCCCUAAACGAGUUGUGGAAGUGGCAGAAUCGCCUGGAAGGGAAGCGUGCCAAUGGAGAUGUGGACGCCACCGGUGCGAUCAAUUGGAGUGUCAUCGACCGAUGGCCCACUCACCCUGGUCUCGUUGAGGCGUUUGCACAGAACAUCGAAACUCAGCUGGCGACCUACUCGGAAGAUAAGCGGGAUAAGGUGGUGCUGUUGUUCUCUGCGCACAGUUUGCCCAUGAGCGUGGUCAACCGAGGUGAUCCUUACCCCGCCGAAGUUGCCGCGACAGUUCAUGCUGUGAUGCAGCGACUCAAGUUCAGCAACCCCUACCGUCUGUGCUGGCAGUCCCAAGUGGGCCCCUCUGCCUGGCUUGGCGCGCAGACCGCAGACACUGUGAUGAACUAUGUUAAGCGUGGGCAGUCCGACUUGAUUCUGGUGCCCAUCGCUUUCACUAGCGACCACAUUGAGACCCUAUACGAGUUGGAUCUGGAGGUUAUGGAGGAAGCCAACAGCCCUGGCGUUAAGCGUGCAGAGAGCCUGAAUGGCAACCCGACCUUCAUCCAAGGCCUGGCAGAUAUUGCGCAUGCGCACCUGCAGAAGAACGAGCCCUGUUCUCCCCAGAUGACCCUCCGUUGCCAGGGCUGUCGGAGUGACCGAUGCCUGGAGCAGAAGAAAUUCUUUGCCGGCAAGGAGCUCUCCUCUCUUGUGAUGUGA